ACCUUUCCCCUUCCCCCUCUACAUAGUUAGAGAGAGAGAGGGAUUGUGAGGAGAGAGAAAGCAGUACUACUGGUGCCGAGCAAAAUACCUACUUUCCCUCCCUCUCUCAUCUGUGAGUUUGCACAGUGCAUCUAGUAGGCUAUGGCUGGCAUUAUUUGUAGUAGCGUAGCUGGUUGCUGGUGAUGGUGCUGCUGGGUUCUCCCCUCUCACUCACUCACACAAGCUAGCUAGCAGCAGCAGCAUACUUGUGUAUUUUUGGCAGAUGAUGUCCUGUCAAGGAAGCUGCGAGCCCAGAUGCUGCUGGACGUGCGCCCUCAUCGUCCCUAUUAAACCCCCCCAGAGAUGCGCGCCCUCAUGCUCCGUCUCCGUCUCCGUCUUCUCCUCCACCUCCGACCGCUCACGACGCUCCUAGUCCCAGGGCGCCGCGAGCGAAGAAGAAGACAUGAUCGGCUCACUCCACUCUUCCUCGUCCUCCGACACCGACAACAACAACAACAACAACAGCAACGCCGACCUCAGGAACAGCAGCGGCGAGGGCGAGGGCGACGCUGCCUUGCUGGGCGGCGGCGGGCGUGCGCUCGCGGCGGCCCCGUCCACGCGGGACCUCGUGCUGGCCUGCGCCGACCUGCUGCAGCGCGGGGACCUCGCCGCCGCGCGCCGCGCUGCCGAGAUCCUCCUCUCCGCGGGGUCCCCGCGCGGCGACGCCACCGACCGCCUCGCGUACCACUUCGCGCGCGCGCUCGUGCUCCGCGUGGACUCCAAGGCCGGGCUGCCGUUCUCCCCGCGGCCACCAGCUGGGACAGCGCCGGCACCGUCUGGGGCGUACCUGGCGUUCAACCAGAUCGCGCCGUUCCUGCGGUUCGCCCACCUGACGGCCAACCAGGCCAUCCUCGAGGCCGUGGAGGGUUCGCGCCGCGUCCACAUCCUCGACCUCGACGCGGCGCACGGCGUGCAGUGGCCGCCACUCCUCCAGGCGAUCGCCGAACGAGCCGACCCAGCGCUGGGCCCGCCCGAGGUCCGCAUCACCGGCGCUGGCGCCGACCGCGACACACUCCUUCGUACAGGCAACCGGUUACGCGCUUUCGCCCGCUCGAUCCACCUCCCUUUCCACUUCGCCCCGCUCCUCCUCUCCUGCGCCGCCAGCACGCACCACGUCGCCGGCACGAGCACCACCCCGAGCACCGCUGUCACGAGCCUGGAGCUACAUCCCGACGAGACGCUGGCCGUGAACUGCGUGCUGUUCUUGCACAAGCUCGGCGGGCAGGACGAGCUCGCAGCGUUCCUGAAGUGGGUGAAGGCCAUGGCCCCCGCCGUGGUGACCGUCGCCGAGAGGGAGGCGAGCGGAGGAGGGAUCGACCCCAUCGACGAGCUCCCGCGCCGUGUUGGCGUGGCCAUGGAUCACUAUUCGGCGGUGUUCGAGGCGCUUGAGGCGACGGUGCCGCCGGGGAGCCGGGAGAGGCUGGCGGUGGAGCAGGAGGUCCUCGGCAGGGAGAUCGAGGCCGCGGUGGGCGGCACAGGCGGGAGGUGGUGGCGCGGGCUCGAGCGGUGGGCUACCGCGGCACGCGGCACUGGGUUCGCCGCGCGGCCGCUCAGCGCGUUCGCCGUUUCGCAGGCACGGCUACUGCUGCGGCUGCACUACCCGUCGGAGGGAUACCUGGUGCAGGAGUCCCGCGGCGCGUGCUUCCUCGGGUGGCAGACGCGGCCGCUGCUGUCCGUGUCGGCGUGGCAGUAGGUGCCAUUGGCGCGCGCGCCUUCUACUCUGUGGUCUGUGCAUGCAUGCAUGCCGGCGACUACGAACAGUCGACGACGGUGACCUAGGGUUUGCUUGCUCACUGCCUUCUAUAUAGAGCUUAUAUAUAUGAACAUGAUCGGCACUGGUGCAAUAAUAUUGUCUGCUUAAUUAGUAAGAUUUCAUGGUGAUUUGGUUGGAGGAGGAGCUAUUGGAUUAAGUGUGCCAAGAGGAAGAAACCCUAACCCUAGCUAGCUAUCAGCAUGAUGUUAAUUUUUCAUUGGCUGCCCAGUUGGUUGGUUAUUUACUGUUGAUUUAAGAUUGGAAAGCUUACAAAUGCAUGGGGAUCGCAUUGGAUUAGAGGUGUCAAAACUUGUGAGGCUGCUACAACCGUAAAAGUACCAAUUUCAUCUAUUUUUCCUCUUUCUUGGUUGUCCAUUUCUCGCUUAGUUCGUGUUGGAGUAAA